CGCCGGCCGGCACUCAGUUCACCGCCGCGUCGCGCGAUCACCACACGUGUGAGACACAUGACAAUUCGCGGCGCCUAAAACGAUCGAACGCUUAAUUUUUACCAGUGACCGAGAGGGCGACCUCUCGUAGACGACAAAAUAGCUUCACAAGUGGAAAUGCCCUCAAGCCUGUUCGGAGACCUGGGCGGUGGCGGCGGCCUCAUGGAGGACCAGCGGGCGUUCCAGCUAGCGCUGGAACUGAGCAUGCUGAGCCUCGGCGAGAGCCUGCCGACCGCAAACCCGCUGUCGAGCCCGCUCGGGUUCGCGCCGCCACCCGAUGACCGCGCGAAGAAAUCGCAGAACAUGACCGAGUGCGUGCCGGUGCCGUCUUCGGAGCACGUCGCGGAGAUAGUUGGACGACAAGGCUGCAAGAUCAAAGCUCUGCGAGCGAAAACCAACACGUACAUUAAGACGCCAGUGCGUGGCGAAGAACCGGUGUUCGUUGUCACCGGCCGCAAGGAAGAUGUUGCCCGGGCCAAGCGUGAGAUCCUCUCGGCGGCCGAACACUUCUCGCAGAUUAGAGCGUCGCGCAAGUGCGGCGCCGCACCACCGCCGCCCGCUGGCGCGCCUGGACAUGUCACAGCACAAGUACGCGUACCAUAUCGCGUCGUCGGACUCGUUGUCGGACCUAAGGGCGCCACUAUCAAACGUAUACAACACACCACCCACACAUACAUCGUGACACCGUCGCGCGAACGUGAGCCCGUAUUUGAGGUGACGGGAUUGCCGGAGAGCGUGGAAGCAGCUCGUAAAGAAAUCGAAGCGCAUAUUGCGCUACGCACCGGUGCAGCCGGUGGUGCCAGCGCCACGCCAGCAGAUGGAGAACCUCUUGCACAACUAUAUCGCGCUGGCAUCGCCUCGCUGCUACGGCCCGAACAAGAAGCUGCGUUCUCCUCAGCAGGCUCGUGCUCAUCGGGUGGAUCAUCAGCUCGACUCGGCGAUCUGCUCGGCAUCUGGUCCUCAACGGAGCGUGACGAAGGUCUAGGAGAGUCCCCAUCAUUUGAGUCACCAGGGGGCUGUGCUGCGGGGGUGUGGGCAUGGGGACCCACGCGACCAUCGCCCGCGACGUCACCAGCACGCGCAUGCACCGUUUGCGGCGAACGCGGUGUAGCAGCGGCGCUGGUGCCCUGCGGACAUAACCUCUUCUGCAUGGAGUGCGCGCAACGACUGGCGGCAGGCGGCGCGCCGUGCCCCGCCUGCUCGGCGCCCGCGCUGCAGGCGAUCCGUAUCAUCUCAUAAGCGGCACGCCGCCGGCCGACUCGCGUCUCGUGUAUUUCGAUGCGUCGCCGCGGGCGCGGGGCGGGCGUUAGAGGCCCGUUCACCCGACGCACGCGGAUCUCGUCGAACCGCACGUUCUCGUAGUAGAGAUCGAUCUUUUUUACUCGAAUCGUUAUAAAAAUAUUAAAAGAAUAAAAAUCGCGUAAUCGAAAUCCUGGUGCCAAAAGUCGGCGCCUCGCCGGCACGGCCCGUCCGCCGCGCCGUACCUAUCGUAAGUCGGCAGAGUUGUUCACGAUAUAUUUUCUUAUUAUGAACGUUUUUUAUUAGGUCGUCGAGCGCACGGCGCGCUCGCCGCCACAGAGAGAGUCGAAGUACGUUACGAUAGAAUUUCGAAAAAAAAAACAUAAAAUUUAAAAAAAGUUGUAUAAUUAUUAUUAUUGAAUAGCGUAAUGAAAAAUCGAAAAUUUAUAAAGCUUACCUAACGUAAUAGCGUAAAGUAUUAAGAUAAUAUUAUAAUAUAAUAGUCGAGGGACGGGUGGCGCGGGAAGCGUGACGCGCGGCCUGUUGUCUGUUCAGAGUCUAGCUAGCGUAGUGUAGUGUAUGCGCGCGCGCGCGCGAGCGAGCGUGCGAGCGUGCAGGCGUGCUGGCGUGCUGCGUCGCCGCCGCCGCCGCCGCCGCUGUGUAUACCGCGCCGCGCGCCUAGCUAAUGUGUUGUUUUAUAGGUAAUGAGUUGGUUGGUUGUGUGAAUGCCGCGCCGCGCCGCGCCGCGCCGCGCGCCCGCGCCGCCGCGGCGGCCGCGCGUGUCCUCGUUGUAGACUAAUGACUGUGUUGUGCCGUGUGCGUGGCCGUGGGUGCGCAGCCGCAGCGCCGCAGCGCCGCGCCGCGCAUGCGCUGCGUGGCGGGCUUGCGGCGCGCUGUACUCUGUAGCGAGCUAGUUAGGUGGCCGCCGCGCGCAUCGCUUCCCCGCGCGCCAUGCUCACAUUAUUUUGACUAUACGAUUAUUCGCUUAAAUGAUAUUAUAUACGUACACACUAUGAUUAUGAUAAUAUUAAUAUAAUGUUUGUUUUAAGUGUGUUUUAAUGUUUAGAUUUUUAUUGUAAUGUUUUUAUGGAUGAUUUUUAUCUGUAUGAUUAUUAUUAUUGAUUAUUAUUUUAUGUGUUGACAAUGUUUUUUUGUGAUUAUGUGUGCCCGAAGUCGGGCCGAGGCUGCUGUAUGUUCGUUUACUGGUAUAUCAAGUAAUAAUAAAUUUAAAUAAUAAAUGAUUAAAUGAUAAAGAACUAAUACGACUCAUUCAUUAUUAUAAAAUAUAGUAGUCUGUAGCUCGACAUUGACUAACCAUUACCUAUUGAUACUUAUUAAGUAUUAUUAUUAUUAUAUUAUUGAAUAAAUUUAAAGAAUGCAUAAUAAUUAUAUUUCAUAGGAAUCAUUAUUCUGUAUAACUCUAGUUAAAUAUAACGAUAUAUUAAAUAUGUUUGUAUAUGUACCGGGGUACCGGUGACGAGUGAUUGGGUGAGAGAAAGUGAGGGAGCGUUGUUGUCUUGUGUUGAGUUCACCGGGGGCCGGUUUUAUGAAUUGAUAUUUUUUUAUUUUUUUACCGUUAUUAGUUUUUGACUUACUCAUGUAAAGAUACGCGAGAUAUAAUAAAUAACUGCCUAUUAGAUUAUAUUUUAAAAAAUAAUGGUUGCGUAAAAUCAGCCCCCGCCGUACGUAGAUCAGUCAGUGGUUUCGAUAAUUUUAUUUUCAUAUAAAAUGGGUAGACGCUUUAGGUUCAAAUAACGUUGUGAAAAUUUGUGAAAUUUUGUAGACUACAUAUCUUAUUAUAAAUGUAAUAUAAACUAUAACUU